UGUUAUUGCCCCCACCGUACAUCUUUGGUUUUGUUUAGUGUUCAGAACCGCGUAUGGCGUGAUAAAUUGAAAGAUGAGUGAAAAAUACGAUGGUCAGCUUGGAGAAAUACUUUCAGAUUUAGGACAUGCUGUUUCGUUUCUUGACUGCGUAUUCGGAUUCCUCCAGAGACGAACUGAUUUCUACCGACCAGAAGAUGGGCCUCCUGCGUCACACGAAGACAUUGAAAAAGUUGUUCUCGGCAUUUUCAGGAAGUGGCAAGAGCGCACUGAGACAGAACUGGUAUCAUACAGUGGAGAUGAUUUGCCAGUAGCACAAGAAUAUGAGGUUGGUGAUGACAGCCUAGCACCUGGUAAUCGCCGAAUACUGAAAGCCGUUUCCCGAAAGAAGAAGACUGGAGCUAGUGAAAGAAGUGAAAUGGCUGUUGAUACUCCAAGCAGUUCCGUUGACAUUGACAGUGAAAUGACUGAUGUCAGUAUGACUGCGAACGUUGGGAGCAGCUCUGACGAAGUAUGCAGCAGUCAGGAUGAAAUGGGAAGUUUAGUUGACAAUGUUGGUAGCAGUACCGAUGAAACAGGUUGCUCUGGCAGUGGCAGCUCUGAUGACAAAUGUUUAGGAGCCCCAGGAGUGGAGGCAAUUGCUGUUUCCAGCUCUGACUGUUACAAUGGUGCUGUUAGGGACAACUACCGGUGGUCACAGACCAUCACAGACCUUGAUGUACAGGUAAUUGUGGGUCCAAAUGUACAAAAGGGCAGCACAGAUGUUAGAGUGUCAGUGACAUCAAACACAGUGAGAGUGGAGACACGUGAUAAAGAAGAUGAAUGGAAGACUGUAGUUGAUGGUGAACUAUGCUGGUUAGUCAACAGAGAAGAAUGCAUUUGGUCACUUGUCCCAGGCCAGUAUGUUCAGAUUCACUUGGAGAAAACAAAAGAGCGUUGGUGGGAGGCACUUCUUAAGUCAGAGCCAAAAAUUGAUUUAACACAGAUUGAUGCGAGUCGACCAAUGGAUGAGCUGUCUGAAGAAGAACACAUGAAGAUUGAAGAACUUAUGUGGAAUGAGCAGCGCAAAAUGAAGGGUCUGCCAACUUCUCAAGAACUGGGGCUGUCAAACAUUUUAAAGGACGCAUGGGACAAAGAAGGGUCGCCUUUCAAGGGACGUCCCUAUGACCCUUCAUUGUUGAGUUUCGCAAGUGGUUCAUGCACUAUCCAACCAGACGGGAACUAAAUAAACUAUGUACACUUUUAAAGUCUCAUGAUGUAUUCAUCUUCAGAAGUUUAUUAUGAGUGUAGAGAUCCCACAACUCAGUUACAUCAUAUUGCACAGUUGCAUCGUAUUGCACAUGUUUUGUAAUAGAUAUACAGAAAAAUGUUGUGAUUUCUUUUUAGAAUUAUGAACCUCAUUUGUUUCUUCUUGUUUUGCCUGUCAUACUUUGAUUUGUCUCUUGUUCGAUCUGGAAUUUGUAUCAAAGUUGUGUGGAAAUGUGUAUUUUUCAUGAACUGUUGUUAUUUCAGUUAAAAAAUAUAUAUAGUCAUUUUAAUUGUAAAAUAAUUGCCAUCUGGUGUCAUGUGGGAAAUUUGAAGAGAAUUUGUUACUUUUGAAAUGCAUAAUGCAUUACAGGGGGGUGGGGGGAUACAUUUUGCAGGGAGACAUCUUCUGUAGCAGUUGCUGUACACACUUAAAACCACUGGCAACACUGGAGAAAUAUAUUAAGUACUAGGUAUUGGUGAUCAAUUAAGUUUUUCACAGUGCUUGUGUGAUUACAUGGAUUGAAAUAUGA